AUGGCAGUGCACUCGACUUUGACAGCCACGGCCGUGGAACCGGAUCAUUUGACCCUGGACACGACGUCCUCUUUCCCACCGAAUCUUCCAUCACACAUCCUCCAGCGCUUCCCCAAAUUCGACCAAGCCCAAGCAGGACAUAUUCGCCAUUUCCACAAUCUUGCCACACAGCUCGACGGAGAAUGGCGUCACAUGGGCAGCCCUGUCUCAGGGCAGGAGCUUUUCGAUGCCUAUCGCUACCAGGUCGCGACGAUGGCCUACGCGACCGGUGUGGCGCACUACCACCGCCUGCCCGCGCUCCGCUCUGUCUUCCGCACACUCUUCGACCAGCUUAUCCACAAGAUGAUGCUACGUGAUGUUUGGGGUUACUGGUUCCUGACCAGCCAAUCCGGAAAGUUCGUCGACCCGGACAUCAGCGAGCUGCGGAAACCCUGGCCCGACCCCGUUUGCCGAGAGAACAUCAUGUUCUCCGGCCACCUGCUGCUCAUGGUCAGCCUGUACGGGAUGCUCUUCGACGAUGAUAAGUAUGACGAGGGGGGCGCCCUUACGUUUGACUGGAACCCUAUUUUCUUCGGCUUGGGCCCGGAGAAGUUCCCUUACACCCGCGGCACGCUGCAGCAGACGAUAGUGAGUGAGAUGGAGAAGACGGGCUGGAUGGGUGUAUGCUGCGAGCCCAACUGUGUCUUCAUCAUCUGCAAUCAGUUCCCAAUUAUCGCCAUGCGGUAUAAUGAUGUACGAGACGGGACUGACCUUGUGUCGGAUGUCCUGAAGAAAUAUCAGGCCGCUUGGAAAGCCAAGAAUGGCGGUUUCAUCUCCCCAGAUGCGGAUGGGGAUGAAAAUUUCAUCUUCUACUGGAUGAUCAAGCAGGAUUCGCUCGUCAACCUCGGUGGGAUCUCCGGGAAUGCAUGGGCGUGUGCAUUCAUGAACUCUUGGAACUCCGAGUACGUCCAUGAGUGGUAUCCCAAACUGAUCCGGGGGUAUCUCACGUGGUACCCCAACGGGCGUGUCAACCUGAACAACAUACUCGUUGCCAGCGAAAUUCGGGCGGCGCUUAAGAGCGAGGAGAAUUCUAAGGGGCUCGACGAGCGCAGCUUAACCGUCUCGGCUGAGACAUUUGCCCAGGCUGCCUCCAAAGUCCAGAAGGGCCUGGAUGGGGGAGAGAUGCGGACACCGAUGGGCCCAUCUAACUCCGCUACAACAUUCGGUUAUACUCUCCAAUGGGUCUCUGAGGUGGCACCGCCACCCGCGGAAGCUGAGAGGGAUGUCGUUUCUGGCCUGUUGAAGCACGCCGACACAUACCUGAACCCGACUUGGGAGAACGGCGGGCUCUUCUACCCAAGACGAGACGGGAAGCUCCAAGACGACCACGGGAACUGGAUUGGUAUGGAUGUAUACACUGGCAACGCCGGGAUUGCGUAUGGCCGUUUGAAUGUCAGAGAUGGCCAGAAGAAGAUGUGGGAACAACCCUGGACUAAAGAUGGCCACCACGCGACAUACCCGUACGUCGAAGGAGUUGAUCUUUCCAGUGGAGUAGACUUCCUCCGUGGCGAGUGGAAUGAGGAGGUUGGAGCCUUUGCUUUGACAAUGAGAACUUGGGAUGGUUCCAACAGCAGGGUCGAUUUGAAGAUCCACAACCUCCCUGCCGGAUUAUAUGGACUGUACCAAGCAGGCAAGCUUGUCCAGGUCAAGCAGGUGAAAUCUGGGGACGUGUUUGAAGUGGCAGGUGAGGUAGGCGCUGAUGAAGUUGACGCUGUGCUCGUCCGGCAACAAGUCUAA